AUGGGAGAAGAAAUUGGAUGGCAAUCUUAUCUUUUACCUGGUUUAUUAAUUUAUUAUCAUCCAAUAGUUGCAUUAAAUAUAAGUGGAAUUGUAUGGGUUGAAUAUCUAAUUCGUACAAUUAUUGUUCAAUUUAUGAGUUGUUGGAUUUCAGCAUAUUUCUAUGGAUGGAUUACAAUUAAAUGUAAAUAUUUCAUGAUACCACCGACAAUGAUUCAUUUUAUUUGGAAUCAAAUUAAUCCUCGACUAUUAGGAUCAAUUUAUACAAAUACAUCAGGGUGGAUGAUUGGUCAACAAUGGAAAAUUAAUGGAGUAGGUCUUAUGGGAUGUUUUGUUUAUUUCAUUGUAGCUAUUAUUAUUAUAAUACAAAUUUGA